ACGACGCAGCCGCGGUGUGACAGAGUUCACGUGCCGGCACCCGUGGGUCCUAUUCCUUGAUCUGCCAUGGCCCCGCCCGGAAGUCUGAACCUCAAUAACGAGGUUGUGAAGAUGAGAAAAGAAGUGAAGAGAAUCCGAGUUUUGGUUAUCCGAAAACUUGUCAGAAGUGUUAGCAGACUGAAGUCAAAAAAGGGUACUGAAGAUGCACUGUUAAAAAACCAAAGACGGGCCCAACGAUUACUUGAAGAAAUCCAUGCAAUGAAGGAAUUAAAACCUGAUCUAGUGACUAAAUCCGCUCUUGGUGAUGAUAUCAACUUUGAAAAAAUCUGUAAAAAGCCAGAUUCUACUGCAACUGAAAGAGCAAUUGCCAGACUAGCAGUACACCCUCUUCUGAAGAAAAAAAUAGACGUGCUAAAAGCUGCUGUCCAAGCCUUUAAAGAUGCAAGACAAUAUGUUACUGAAGUGGAUUCAUCAAAGAAUGCUUCAGAAGAAAAUCACUCUAAGGACACUUUGUGUUCAAAUGAUGAUGCAAGUAAGUUACAGCAUCAAGGAACUAUUAUCAAUGAGCAAAAAGUGAAAGAAGUCAAAAUCCUGGCAAGGAAACCAAUAAAUAAUUCAAAGCAAAAAAUGGCCAAGAUGAAAAAUGAACCAAAAGCAGUGAACAUUCCAAAUUCUCCAUCAAAGCUUUCAGGAAAGGAUUCUAUAGUUCCCUCUGAACCCCAGAAGAUAGCUGCUUACCCAAAAAUGAAAACACCAGGUCAAACCAAAGAACAGAAAAGAUCUGAUAGCUUGCUUUGUGGUAACAGUGAUGAUGAAGAAGAAUUAUCUGAAGAGGAGAAGGAGUAUUUUGAUGAUAGCACAGAAGAAAGAUUUUACAAACAGUCUUCCAUGUCUGAGGAUAGUGAUAGUGGUGACGAUUUCUUCAUUGGAAAAGUCAGGCGAACACGAAAGAAGGAAAGUAGUUGUUAUUCUUCAGAUAAGGAACAAAAACCCCUUCAAAAAGUGUUACCCAAAGAAGAUACACAUGAAACUCGUUGGGAUAUAAAAAAUGACAAAAACAAGCCAAGUACGGAAGCCAGGAGGUUAGAAUCAGUGUUUUUCCACUCUUUAUCUGGAUCUAAAGACUCUAGAAGAAAUUACAGAGAACAGGCUCCAAAAAGCAAAACCCUAGAUUUUCCACAAAAUGAACCUCAAAUCAAGAAUUCACUUAAUAAGAAUGCACAAAGAGGACUUAAAAAUACAAAACAGCCAUUGCAACAGCCUCUUCAUCCUUCGUGGGAAGCAAGCAGAAGGCGAAAAGAGCAGCAGUCUAAAAUCGCUGUGUUUCAGGGGAAAAAAAUUACAUUUGAUGAUUGAUUAGUAUCUCUUUUUGUGAAAUUCUUCAACUAAAACUUAUUUUUCGUUUUCUUUUUUAAUGAGUCUAUUAUUUAAAUUUGUGUUUGAAUAAGUUUCUUUAGAGGGGUUAUAGAAUAUUUG